GUGGGUCCGUCGCCACGCUAGAAAGCCAGCUCCCAGUACCCGAGUAUCGACCGAGCCAGAUAAUAUCGUAACAUCGUCUGUCCGCCACCGGUUACCUCUUUCUCCAGGUAGCGCACCAUCGGAACGGCGAGGAGCAGACGGGAACGGGGAUGGGAAGCGCUGGGGCGCUGCUCUGGCACACGCCGCAGCAGCUGCACGGCCGUGGCAUCCUCUUCCGCCAGAGCCGGCCUCUCCUGCGCCAGCGCAACCUGCCUCUAAUAUCGCUAGCUGCCCCGGCGCUCGAGCCCGAGCGCCGCCGCCGGCAGUGCCUCCGCUGCGCUGCCGUCGACGGGGACGGCGCCCUCCGGGAGUCUGGGCCACUGCCACAGAAGGAGUCUCCGUCCAGCGGCAUCGGUGCCGCACUCGAGGACCCGCCUCCAGGACCUCCUGUGGAGAAUGGUUCCUUUGGAGGCCCCUCACAGGAAGAACAGAGUGCUCUAUAUACUUUUCUUUAUCCAAGCAAAGACUUACUUCCAGAUGAUAAGGAGAUGAGUAUAUUUGAUCAUCUAGAGGAGCUUCGUGACAGGAUUUUCAUCUCAGUUUUGGCUGUUGGGGCUGCGAUAUUAGGCUGUUUUGCUUUUUCAAAAGAUUUGGUUAUUUUUCUUGAGGCACCAGUGACUGCUCAGGGUGUUCGGUUUUUGCAGCUCUCGCCUGGGGAAUUUUUCUUUACAACAUUAAAGGUUUCAGGUUAUUGUGGCCUUUUACUUGGAAGUCCUAUCAUUUUGUAUGAGAUCAUUGCAUUUGUUAUCCCAGGUUUAACAAGGGACGAGCGGAAAUUUCUUGGGCCUAUUGUGUUGGGUUCUUCUGUUCUAUUCUAUCUAGGCAUUUUCUUCUCCUACACGGUUCUCAGCCCUGCUGCGUUGAACUUCUUUGUGAAUUAUGCAGAUGGGGCAGUGGAAUCGUUGUGGUCAAUAGACCAGUACUUUGAAUUCAUACUUGUGCUGAUGUUUAGCACAGGGUUGUCCUUUCAGGUCCCUGUUAUCCAGCUUUUGCUGGGACAACUUGGAUUGGUUUCUAGUGACCAAAUGCUUUCGAUCUGGAGAUAUGUUGUUGUUGGUGCUGUUGUUGCUGCUGCUGUGCUUACACCUUCGACGGACCCGUUGACACAAAUGCUCCUGGCUGGUCCCUUGCUUGGUUUAUACUUGGGUGGUGCAUGGAUGGUCAAGAUAACUGGGCGCUAACUGCUUUGUGCAAGCAGAAAGUUGAGCAGACGGUUAAAUAGUUUCAUCUAAUCGAUGUUGAACGUUGAAGUGGUGCUCAAUCGCAAAAGGCAGAAGGCUUCCAUCCACUACAACAUCGCUCGCUGUGUUUGCCGCUGGACUUUCUUGGUUGCCGGCUUGGCACAGCUGCGUCGGAGGGCAGGUAUGCCAUCAUACAUACAUAUGGUUAUAUAUCAUAUAUGGUUUUCUUGUACAACACAAACCAACAUAAGUUGUAGUGGUUAGCAGUGAGUACUCUCUUCCUAGAUACCAUAGUUCGAAUUCUAGCAAUUGCACCUCAUUUCUUAUAGUUCGCUGACGAGUGGGGAGCAGGACGACAUCGAAGAAACUCCCACUUUAAGGGUGACUAAUAUGAAUGUAUGAGUUGAAAAGGAGCUUAAUUUAAUUUUAUAGCC